AUCCUUUCAAAAAUCACUGUUUCCCUCUCUUUCCCUCUCUUUCCCUCCCUCUGUAACUCGCACCAAUAUCUGGAUCGAGAUGGUUCGGAGCCGAAGUAUCUAUAAUUAGAACACUUCCCUCAUCGUUCUUCUCUUUUCACUAUCCAGAAAUGCCGUUCGGAGCCGACCAUGGACAGGGAGGCUAACCUUCCGGUCCCGCUCGCACUUGAGAAGAAAGUGAGCCGUCAGACAAACUCAGAAACUACAACCUCGUCUUCCUCCUCCUCAUCGCCGGACUUCCUUCGGCAUGUUCAAGCCGCCUUCAAGCGCCAUCAACUACUUGGAAUUUCAGGUGUGACGCAAUCAAAUAGUUUAAGACCCAGGCGCUUGUUAGUUCCCCAAAGAGAGGUGUCAAGGAACCCACGUUCGGAGGCCAGGCUUGCAGAAAGUGUGAGUCGAGAUCAUGCAGUGAAGGAUUUGAUUGAACAGACGAAGAGUACAAUGACUAUUAUUGGUGAAACUCAAGAUGAAUCAAUAACGCGGCCUUCCAUGUCAGGCCUGAUGACCAAAAGCUUUGAUGGAAGCUUCAUAUCUGAUGCCCACAGAGAUGAACUUGUACGUGGUGUUGGUUGUCAAUCAAGGAGCACAUCAUCCGCUUUAAAUACAGGAUCCCAGCAUGUUGAUGGUCAGAAAAUGGUUCGGUUUUCUGUUAAAACCAACAAGAUAUAUCAGGAGAUGGAUUGGAUGGCCGGCCGCCAAGGAGAAGCUUAUAGUGUCAUCAAUCAUGGUGAAUGUAAGCACCGAAGUUUCCCAAACACAGAGACAGAUAUGAACGUGAAGAACAAUGGUGGGGUUUCAAUGUUGGCACAAAAAACGCCAGCUGUGGAAGAAAAACUCAAGCGAUUUGAAGACUUUUUGACUCAACCAGUUAGUCAACCUUCAUUUGAUCCACAUUGUGCAACCACCACGUCUGUUCACUCAAAUUCAGUGCUUAUGCUUAAUUCAACGACCUAUAGCUCUCAUUUGCAUCAAGAAAGUGGUGGUAGUAUUGCUACCGAACCUUUGAGUGACUUUAAUGCAAAUAUUCAACAUGAAGCUAAAAGAAGUGUGUUGCCAACAUCAGGAUCUUCUCUAAAGGACAUUACGGACGAGGUCAAGAAUGGUAAAGGCAAUGAUGCCCUACAUGCUCAGGGUCUUACUGCUAAUACAGAAAAUGUUAGAAGCAACUAUGACAUCUCUAAGGAUCAGAGGGAAAAGUUAGCUAGAGAUAGUGAUAUUUCGAAACAUUCUUUGCAACACGAUGAUAAAUCAUAUGAAGGCAAAUGUUUCAUAGGGGACGCCACUGACACAAAGUCCAAGGCCCAAGUACACAGAAAGGCAGUUUCGGAUGUGAAUUUGAACCCCUCUGAUUCAGAAAAACAAGAAAAAGUGGCAAGUGGGAAGAACACAUCAACAACUCGUAAAAGGAAUUAUGAUCCAGACAUGUUUUUUAAGGUUAAUGGAAAGCUUUAUCAAAGACUUGGCAAGAUAGGCAGUGGAGGAAGCAGUGAGGUUCACAAAGUUAUCUCAUCAGAUUGCACGAUAUAUGCACUUAAGAAAAUUAAACUAAAAGGUCGUGAUUAUACCACUGCUUAUGGGUUCUGUCAGGAGAUUGUGUAUUUAAAUAAGUUGAAAGGAAAGAAUAACAUUAUACAACUUGUAGAUUAUGAGGUAACAGAUAGGACUUUACUUCAGGAUGUGUUGAAUGGCUCCACGAAUCAUAAAGAUGCUAGGGUUAAGGAUGAUGGAUAUAUAUACAUGGUGCUAGAGUAUGGCGAAGUUGAUUUGGCUCACAUGCUCUCACAGAAAUGGAAGGAAAUUGACGGCUCCGAUCAGAUAAUAGAUGAAAAUUGGCUUCGAUUCUAUUGGCAGCAAAUUCUUCAAGCUGUAAACACCAUACACGAGGAACGCAUUGUUCACUCUGAUUUGAAGCCCGCAAAUUUCCUUCUCGUCAAAGGCUCGUUAAAACUAAUUGACUUUGGUAUUGCAAAAGCCAUAAUGAGUGAUACUACUCAUAUCCAAAGGGAUUCACAGGUGGGUACACUGAGUUACAUGUCACCCGAGGCAUUUAUGUGCAAUGAGAAAGAUGCAAAUGGAAACACCAUCAAGUGUGGUCGAUCAUCUGAUAUUUGGUCCCUUGGCUGCAUUCUUUAUCAAAUGGUUUAUGGAAGGACCCCCUUCUCCGAGUAUAAGACAUUCUGGUCGAAGUUUAAAGUCACUACAGACCCAAAUCAUAAGAUUAAAUAUGAACCCGUUGGCAACCAUUGGCUUCUUGAUCUUAUGAAGAAGUGCCUUGCAUGGGACCGCCAUGAGAGGUGGAGAAUUCCUCAGUUACUUCAACAUCCUUUCCUCGUACCCCCAGUCUCCCCACACCUAUCCUUAUCUCAAGACCAGAGUUCCAAACUUCUGCAACUUAUUGCCGAAUCUUGUGAAGGUGAUCAGGAAGCUUCGUCUCUGCGUUCUCAGCUUCAACUUCUCCUCAACUCUGUGCAGCCGAUUACAUCUCUGUUAAUAACUUCUAAAGACAAUCAAAGUGAGCUGUUUUCCAAAUCGUCAAAGAACUAUUUUCUGCUCUACAAGGAUGUGGCAUCACAGAAGGAUGAAAGGUGAAAGUCCUGCUUUUGUUUCUCGUUCAAGGAGUGGUUUCGAGUUAUCUUCAGCAUGAAACGUGGGAUUCGAUCUUUGAGUAGCUGGUGAUGGAUAGAAUAUGAGGCUUCUCCUUAGUAGAUGUUGCUUUUGCCUCUCCAGGUUCGGUGCACUAGAGCAACUAAUUUACUUAUCGGAUGCUGGAUGAUCAACUUAUUGCCUGUAGCAUUUGCCAAUAUUAGUUUACAAUAUAAAUUGUUCGAGAGCUUUGACGAUGUAAAUAUGUUUGUGGUUAUGUU